AUGAGCGGCUCUGACUCCACAGCCUCCCGCCAGCCCCCGGAGGCUUCGCCUGCGUCUGCCGACCAACGGCAACCGCAACAACCACAACAACAACACCCUCACGCACAGAGGUAUGUCGGUGCCGAUCCACUUUCCAUUGGCUCGCCCAAGACAACGCGAGCUGACACGCCCGGUAGCGCACCGUUUCAAUCUCAACUCGAAUAUCUCGCCCAGAGUCAACAGCAUCAAUCUCCCCAGAACAUGAUCCAGUAUGGCCAGCAGGCUUUCGAUAUGGGAGCCCUGGCUGGUGCUCUCCCAGGGGCUGGCCAGCCUCCCAUGACCGGGCGUUCAUAUGUCAGCCCAGAUCCAUCGACUCUCGCUUCUCCCCAUCUAUACCAACCCGGCCAGGCCAUGUACCCACCUCAGCGCGGUCCCCAGUUCGCCGACCCAGCAGCUUUGGCUAGAGCACAGCAGCAACACAUGAUGGGAGGACAGUAUAUGGGACCCGGUCCUCUUCAGGUGCGGCCACAGGGCUUUCCUAUGCAACCCCAACUUCCUUACUCUCCCGUCGACCCCUAUGGCUACGGCAUGAGCCAUGGAAACUUCUCCCCCAUGGACCCCCGAUUCGCGCAGCAGCCCUUCAUGAUGCCGCCGGGAAUGGCUACCGAUCUCUGUAAUGCUCAGGUCUGUUCAUGUUCGUGAUCAAUUGCUGACUACUUCUCCAGCCCAGUUCACCCGUCGAUGCUCGGCAGCAGAGGCUGGACCCAUUCCCAACUUUCCGCGAGGGCCUCCACGCAAACCUAAGCAAUCGGGGCAUGCUCUGUGGGUCGGAAACCUGCCUCCCCAGGCUGUGGUCACGGAUCUGAAGGAUCACUUCUCGAGAGAUGCGACGCAGGACAUUGAGAGCGUGUUCCUGAUUGCUAAGAGCAACUGCGCGUUUGUCAACUACAAGAGUGAGGCGGCAUGCGUGGCUGCGAUGAAUCGCUUCCACGACUCCAGGUUUCACGGUGUUCGACUUGUUUGCCGGCUUCGACGAGGCACUACGCCAAGCUCCACCGCGACACCGACUGAACCGCUAUCCGAUUCUCCUCCUGCAAGCGCCGGACAAUCUCGCUCACCGGCGCCGGUCGUCGAUAGCACCCCCGAAGACUCUCAUGGACCAACAAUCGCACGUAGUCAGUCGGACCAGAGCGGGACGUCACCCAGUGCGACCGGUCCGUCUGAGCCGGCGCCCGGGGAGAAGGUGCCCGAGAAGUACUUCAUUGUCAAGAGUCUGACCGCGCAGGAUCUGGAAGCAAGUGUACGGAACGGCAUAUGGGCCACGCAGUCCCACAAUGAGAACGCGCUCAACAAGGCUUACGACCAGGCUGAGAGUGUCUAUCUAAUCUUCUCUGCCAAUAAGUCUGGCGAGUACUUCGGGUACGCGCGCAUGGCUUCUAUGAUCUCUGGCGAACCUGUCAAUCUGUCCUCCGCCCAAGCCCCUGACGAAUCUCCCACUCCAGACUCCGCGGGCUCACCGCAGUCGAUUCCUACCCCAGCAACUGCCACGGCACCAAAAGGACGAAUUAUCGACGACUCAGCACGCGGCACCAUUUUCUGGGAGGCAGAUCACACCGACAGCGGCGAAGGCUCGCCAGCGAAGGAGGGGAGUUCUCCCGGCCAGAAUUGGGGCAAGCAAUUCCAGAUCGAAUGGAUGUCAACGACCCGCCUACCGUUCUACCGCACGCGAGGAUUGCGCAAUCCAUGGAACGCUAACCGAGAAGUGAAGAUCGCCCGCGACGGCACUGAAUUGGAGCCCAGCAUUGGCCGACGUCUGGUGCAGAUGUUUCACCGCCCUUCCCCAUCUUCCUCUACCGGACCCGCAGGCGGUGCUCCGGGUGGCAUGCCUUAUGCGCGAUGA